AGGGGCUGGAAAACUAAUUGAAGGAAACCAAACACGACACCUAAGAAAGAGACAACACAGUAUUAAUUAAAGCUCAGCUAGCCCCCCCUUAGCCAAAGCGCUUGUGUUUGUAGUAGUCUCUGAAAGACUUUGAAGACUAAAUAUCUCCCAGGGACAGAGUACUAUAGAGGAGGUUCACCAUGAGACUGGCCACAGGGCUUGUGUGUUUAGCCCUUGUGGUAGUGUGUGCACUUCAAGCAAGGGCCACUGAGUCUACCUACUCAAGGACAGCUAACUAUCAGAAUGAGAUUGUCGUUCGAUGCCCUGACAAGAAGAAGGCCACCAUACAAGUCCUACAAGCUCACUCUGACGUUUGGCACAUAGGCAAAGACACGAUCGACCUUCGCCUGGACAAGAAAAUGUUUGCACGUGUGCAGGACUACUUCUCUGAAUGCCAUAUUGUUGUGGCCAACGUGGAGUCAUUUGUGCAGCAAGCUGAGGUACAGAUGUUCCCUACUAGGAUGGCAGAGGAACAGGCGUGGGUGCAAGAGGUUAUGGCUGAAACCAUCCCAAAGUGUGGUAGCCUGAAGCAGUGUGAGGCUGCUCUGGAAGAUUGGGAGGCUGAUCAACAAAUGUCUUCUUCCUUCUUUGAACAAUAUCACCCCUAUGAGGACAUCAAGUCAUUCUACAAGACACUCUCUGAGACUCAUGCUAACUUGGUGACGUAUAUGCCCUCCAUUGGUAAGACAGCCGAGGGCAGGGACAUGCCAGCAGUGCACAUCACUGCCUCCAAGAAUCCCAACAGAAAGAGGUUCUACAUGCAGUGCCAGAUCCACGCAAGAGAGUGGAUCACUGGUGGAGUGUGCAUGUACAUUGCCAACCAUCUAGCAACAGAGUAUGAAAAGAGCAGUAGAGUAAAGAGUCUCCUAGAUAACAUGGAGUUUGUGAUGGUGCCCAUUGUCAACCCGGACGGAAUAGCGUACACGUGGGAGCAUGACCGACUCUGGCGUAAGAACAGAAAGCAGAACUCGUAUUCACCAAGCUGUCCUGGAGUAGACAUCAAUAGAAACUUUCCUCUGGGAUUUCUCCACAAAUCUAUCGGGCAUGCGUGUGAUGAAGACUACCCCGGUUUUAAUGCAGGCUCUGAGCACGAAACUAAAAAUAUCAUGAAAUUCUUUCGUAACAAUGCUCCUAUCGUUGGCUCCAUUGAUUGGCACUCUUAUGGACAGCUGAUCUUGCGACCGUACGGAUACACAAACGCAUCUGCACCAGACGAAUCUUUCAUGCUAAGCCUCUCCAACACUAUGAAGGACAAGAUACACAGUGUGCACGGACAACACUACUCACCAGAGAAAUCAGAAGAGCUCUACUUUUGUUACGGCAUUGCUGCUGACUGGCUGUACAGUAACAAUGCUGCAUCCACCAACAAGGGCUAUAGGUCUGCCUCCAUCUGCAUUGAACUGAGGGACUCUGGCCAUCCAUAUGGAUUCCUACUGCCUGCUGAUCAGAUUGUCCCCACUGCUGAGGAGGUGCUCCCUGCUGUCCUGUACUAUGCUGAGACAAUGCUGAACCAUCCCCUCAUUUACAACAGGAAGUCUCAACUGAAGGAGCCAGUUUUCGAUGCAAAGAAACAUCACUCCCGCAAUGGACUGUGAACUAUCUGAUCAGUUCAUUUUCAUUCCUCAUACAGAAUUGUUAUAACGUAGAUAUAAUGUAGGUUUAGCUUAGAGAAUGUACUGUCUAAUUAUGUAUGGGUGUGACAUAAAAUUUUUUAUGCAUUCAUUUUCAUUAAUUAUUUUUUGUCUCAAA